AUUUUCUAUACAUAUUAAAAGAUCAGAACCAAAAGGACAAAAUUAAAGAAGGAAUUUUAAGCAUAAGAUGCCAUUAUAGUUCAAAAAGUUAUUGCUUUUAAAUAGUUAGUUGGUUAAGUGUAAUGAUCUAUCAUUUCUUGUUUUCAACUGGUUUUUUGGGUCAAUGAUGUUCUAAUCUUGAUUGCCUCAAAAGGGUGCUGCUGGUUUAUAAAUAUACCAAUUGAUGGCUGAAAUAGGGAAGGCUUUGACAGGAUAUGUUGUUGGAGUGAUUGUUCUCGCUUUUGCACUUUUCGCGUCUGCUGAGCGAAUUGCAAAUGAUGCAACAAGUGAUGACUUUGAAUCAGGACUAUUCAAUCUUCUGCUUCACAAGGCUAAAAUACAUUACCAACAUUUUUGGCCCGACUUGGAAUUUGGGUGGAGAGUAAUUGUUGGUUCUGUCAUUGGAUUCUUUGCUGUCGUCUUUGGGAGUUUAGGAGAUGAUAGGGGAGAUGGUAUCUUUGCUCCCAUGCUUAUUUUGAUCAUUGGGUUUGAUCCAAAAACAUCAACUGCAAUUUCAGUAUGUAUGAUAACAGGUGUAUCAGUGGCAACUGUGUUGCUAAGCCAUCCAAUAAUUGAACACCCCAUCAUUGAUUCUGAUCUAGCCCUUCUUUUAACACCAAUGCUGUUGCUAGGGAUCAGUAUCGGAGUUGUUCUUAACGUUAUUUUUGCUGAGUGGAUGGUUAUAGUUAUGUUGAUCAUUCUUAUCAUAGUUCCAUCAACUAGGGCAUUCUUCAAGGGUGUUGAGGUAUGGAAAGAAGAAAACAGAAUGGAUAAGUAUUGGAACACAGAACCAAAUGAAGAAGAAGACGAAAAUGAAGAUGCUGGUGCUGAAGAUAUUAUGUACAAACUUCUACCUAGAGGUCCAAGAAUUAGAAAUGAAGAGGUCGUGUAUACGAAGGAUUUCAGCAUACUUAUUGCUGUGUGGGUCAUUUUCCUCGUUCUGCAUAUUGUUAAGACAUAUACAUCAACUUGUUCAACGACAUAUUGGAUCUUAAAUCUCUUACAGGUCCCUGUUGCUGUAGGAGUUUCUGCAUAUGAAGCAGUUUGCUUGUAUAACGGAACGAGGGUGGUCAUGUCAAGUGGAAAAGAAGUAAUAACCGUGUAUAUGGGAAACAGGGUGGUCAUGUCAAGUGGCGAAGAAGUGAUAACCUGGAAAGUGCAUCAGUUGAUCCUUUACUGUUGCUGUGGCUUUUUGGCUGGUAUAGUUGGUGGUCUGCUAGGUCUUCAUGGAGGAUUCAUUUUGGUUCCAUUGUUUCUACAACUAGGGAUUUUGCCUCAGGUUUCUAGCACCACUGCUAACUUUAUGAUGAUAUUCUCCUCUUCCAUGUCCGUCAUACAGUAUUACCUACUAGGACGCUUUCCAGUACCAUAUGCCUUUUAUUUCGUUGCUGUGACCACUGUUGCUGCCUUGGUAGGAAGCCAUGUCGUAGAUAAAAUAAUUCGCAUUAUCAAUAGAGUAUCUGUGAUCAUCUUUAUUUUGGCCUUCACAAUCUUUGUCAGUGCAGUCUCAUUAGGUGGUGUAGGCAUGGCAGACGCGAUUCAAAAGAUCAAGGAAGGGCAGUAUAUGGGGCUUGAUAACUUCUGUGCAUAUAAGCCUUAAGUUUUGUAUAACUAGUGUUUUUUUCUGGAGUUGUUAUAACAGAUUUUGAUUUUAUUUGCAAAAAGAAGUUGGCAUGUGAUG